GCAACAAUGGUUGAUGCUAUUGUUUCCAGUGUCAUCCAGCAAUUGGGCGUGAUCAUCCAAAAGGAGAUCGAACAAGAGGUACGAUUGGUCAUCGGUGUGGAAAAGGACAUUGAAGACCUCUCUACUACUUUUACAACAAUCCGUGCUGCGCUUAAGGUUGCUGAAGAUAGGCAAUUCAAGGAUGCAUCGGUGCGUGUUUGGUUGCAAAAUCUGAAAGAUGUGGCCUAUGAUAUUGAUGAUGUGUUGGAUGAGUGGAGCACAACAAUUCUCAAAGCAUCCUCCUCACAAAUGAUAGAUCAUGGAGUUGAUGAUGAUGAUAAGAAGGUAUGCCCCCGCAACUUGUUUUCUCCUUGUUAUUGUUUCAAGCAAAUUGGUUUGCGCCGUGACAUUGGUCAUAAGAUAAAGGAUAUAAAAGAAAGACUAGAUAAGAUUGCAAGUGACAAACAUAAGUUUGGUUUUAUUACUCAUGAAACUCAUACUAGAAAUAUUGAUGACAUAGAUGAUGAGUCUAGGAGGAGGAGACUAGAAACUAGUUCCAUUGUUGAUGUCAAUGAGAUAUUUGGUCGUGACAUGGAUAGGGAAAUCAUAAUAAGCAAGUUGUUAAUCAGUGAGGGCAGUCAACAACAGCAACAAGUAGUGGCCGUCUCCAAUAAGGAAGAAGUCCCCAUAAUCUCCAUUGUGGGUUUGGGAGGUAUGGGCAAAACGACCCUUGCCCAACUUGUUUUUAAUGAUGAUAGGGUGAAGAACCAUUUUAACAACAGAAUGUGGAUACAUGUGUCUCAAUCUUUUGAUAAAAUGAAGAUUGCAAUGCAUAUUAUUAAAGAAAUUGGUGGUGGUGGUGGGAACAACAUCAAUGUGACCACCCAGCAAGGUGGUGGUGUGAUCUCAUGGGAAGAUGUGCAUCGUCAAUUGACUAGUUCUGUUGAGGGAAAGCAUUUUCUACUAGUGUUAGACGAUAUGUGGAAUGAGGAUCCUAUGCAGUGGGAUCCAUUGAGGUUAUCUCUCAAACAUGGUUCUUCCCAAGGAAGUAGAAUUAUUCUCACAACACGCAACGAGAGGGUUGCAGGCAUGAUGGGUACGAGAGGACGAAUGCUUCACUCUCACGAUUAA